GACGAGCUUGAGCUGCAUUGAACUGCGGUAGAACACCUCCCCUUAGCGGCUGAAGUCGGUAUGGCAAAAAUAACAGCGCUUUGGGUUCAACCAUUAAUGAGAACGGUUAGAUAAUUCAACACUUUACUUACCAUUGACACGGAAGGAAUGUAAUUGACCAUAGAUUAUGAACAAUAUAGCAUAGACUAUAUGCACUGUACAUAUGUGAGCUGUGUUUGUUGAGUAUUUCUAUCUGUUUUAGAUUUUAGAUGAUCGUAGUGCAUUGUUUUCAUCCCCACGCACGAACAGAGUUGGCGUCAUCCAAUAGUAUUGAAGGCAAAGCUGGUAUAGCAGUGUUUGUUUCCACAGAGAGGCAGUAGCUUUCCAGCGGAUUUGAGCAACCGUUGUCGCACCAUUUCACAACGGUUAUCUUCACACUUUCUUCCCGUGAUUGAAUAACCGACAGGCGGCCAUGGCUCUGUGCGGGAAUGUCGGGGCCAUGGCUUUACCGAGCGAGCUCAUUGUCCACAUAUUCUCCUUCUUAUCCGACAGAGAUAAGCUUCGGGCCUCAUCCGUGUGCUCCCGCUGGAGGGAGUGUCUAUUUUACCCAACGCUUUGGACGGAGCUCAAACUGCGUGUCGGUGGAUGCUCAAACAGCGGGGGUUCAGUUUCCGAGGAGACCUCGAGAUUAGAAUUCCUUACCAGAAAGUUCGGAUCUUUUGUGCGCGAACUGGAGUUCUCUCCGGUGUUGGCAUUGGACGAAGUGGAGGACAGGAUGGAGGCGCCUACAGGAACCAACCCUCAGUUCCCCGACCCAUGGAAAUACGCAAUGACCACUUAUCUGGACCAGGUGCUGUGUGUGCUGAGCAGUAUUCGGAACAACAGGAAUCUGCAGAGGCUGAGCCUGUAUGGGGACACCUGCAUUCUGCAGGACGAGGUGUUCAUGGACAGGUCCUAUCUCAACCAGGUCGAUCAGGGAUGCAAGAAGAUCAAGGAGAUCCAGCAGUUGUUUGAGGAGCUGCUCUCCAAUAGCCGUCAGAUAAAGUGGUUGUCCUCUGCCUUCAUGUUGGGAAUGCUGACCCCUUCCUCCCUGGCCUCCCUCUCCAACCCCAGUGCUGACUCCCUGGAGCACCUCAGCCUGCUUGACAACCAGCUGCCCCCCCUAGCCCCCCCCUGUGAGCUGGCCCGCCUCACCCACCUACAGUCCCUCGGCCUCGACUUCUGCGACUUCACCUCCGACAUGUGCCGUCUCCUGGCCGCCCCCGACCGCGUCCCUCUCCAUCGCCUCUCCCUCCUGCUCAACGGCGACGCCCCGGAGGCCAAACCUCUGGAGGGCAUAGCCAGCGAGGAGGACUGGAAGGGGCUGGUCCGCCACACGUCCAACCUGCGCGUGUUCAUGAUGGGGCUGGAAGUCGGCACCCAGGUGCUGCUCCAGGCGCUGAAGCCCAGCAUGCCUCUGGAGCGCCUUCACCUGGACUGCUACUGCACCCUGGUCAGCGAGGAGGCUUUGGAGCUCAUCUCCCAGCAGUACAACCAGACGCUCAGCCACUUCCUGCUCACGAGGGACAACAGAAGCUUCCCUGAUCUGGGCAUGAACAGGAAUGAGGACCCGCUGGUCCUGCUGGCCUGGCGCUGCGUGCACCUGACCGUCCUGGUCAUACAUGGCUACACCGUGUGGUCCCACAACCUGGUGGCCAUCUCCCGCCUGCGUGGGUCCAACCUGAAGCUGCUGGCGGUGUCCGAGGAGAGCAUUGACUUUGAUCCUGACCAGUCUGUCUGCAUGGAGGGUGACCCGGUCCACAACCUGGUGAAGGAGGUGUCUCUGGGGCUGGGCCGAGUCUGGCACCCCAUCUCAGACAUCAGCGGAGGUCUCACCGACACCACCCUGCACUUCCACAGCCAGCUGCAGGCCUUCAGCACGGGCAUGUAGGCACCGCCCUCCAGGGGCCACACCCACACCUUUUAAUCACACACCCUUCCAUCGUCACAGCCCCCGUUCAUCUAACAACCCCACCUCGAUGAUCCCUAGCUCAUUUGCAUACUCUUGAGUUUUUUUUCUUUAAUUUUUUUUUCUUCAUUUUUUCUCCUCUACUUGUAGAGUGAACUAAUGCUUUGUAUGUGCUGCGUUUAUAACCAGUAUUGGAUCUCUAUAUUUAUAUAUACAUAUAUCUCUAUAUAUCCUGCUCAUGGCUAGGAGGUUUGGAGGGGGGGGGGGGGUGGCUUGUCCAGUUGCUAUGGUAAUGGGGGAAGAGUUAGGGAAGGGGGAAAUCUCAACAGUUACUAGCUUUGUUGUAAUUUGUUUGUCUAUCUAUUGUUUUCUUCUUAGCAAGUGCUGAGUUUCUCUGUAAACUGUCAGUCAAUCCAUCUUGGCUUUUUACAACGAUGAGUUCCUGUGUACAUGUUCACUAGUCCAUAGGGAGUCUAGUCAAGUUCCUGUGUACUUGUCCAAUAGUCUCUAGGAGCCUAGUCUUCCGGCAGAGGACCUGUAGAAGCUUUAGGACUGUAGUGUAGACUUUGCCCCUGCAGUACUGGAGGUAGGGGCCCAGGGCCAACAGGGUGAGUCCAUUCUCUGUCUGUCUCAGGUAGGCUAAACAUCACAUUGACAAAUAUUGGAGGAGGAGAGGAGGAAGAAUGGAACAAUCAGCUAGUCUGUCAGUCGAAAUGGUUUUUCUUGAGUCACAGUUGCCUUGGAAACCCCCUCGUUUUCGGGAUUCAGUCAUGUUGCCCGUCAGAUUCGCCCCCCCAGCUUUACGGGGGUUAACAAACCUAGUCCUAUAUUUGUUUUUAAAGAUUAAGGUGUUGACGAGUUGGACGAAUGGCAGAAGGCUACUCCUUGCACAUUAUUAUGUCUAGAUGGACAGUUGGAAAAACGUGUUGGCAUGUGUUAUGAGUCCUGGCCCCUGGGUUUCAUUAGAUUGUAGACGGAUGCGUUUAGAUAUUUCCGCUGGCUCUGUCCAUAUCUCAGGAUUACUGCACUUUCGGUACUUGUUUCCAAUGAAGGCGUUCUUCUGAAGUCGUCUGGCUAGCUGGUUAACUGGGGCUGGGUGGGUGAGAUCCAGUAGAAAUGAUAUGGGGAUAAUCUCUCCAGCAACAUGUUGGGGUUUGUUUGAUAUCUGUCUGCCUGCAUGCCUGCUCCUCCUCCUACGGUCAGCCACUGGGGCUGGGCUUCCUACCUGAAAGGUGGAGAAGAGAAGAGGGAGAAGCUGUGAUAGAUAUGCAUGUUAACGGAGAACAGCUUCUUCAUAUGACAAGAAGUCUUCAUAUGAGAUCCCUGUCCUUGUUUCUUAGUAGCACACCAAAAAGGAUCUAGAUGAUAUAGCUCCGUCUUUAAGAGUUAACUCUUGUCGUAGCCGUCGUUGUUGUUGUUGAUGAUAUUGUUGUGGAAUAUGUUACAGAAGAAUAUUCAGUGUGUCAGAGCUGUCUGAGGACAGGAGAGAGUGGCCAUGCUAACCAGUCCCUUGUUACAAAGUCCAAGCAUCCUGAUGCUUUCAUACCGUGCCUAAAACCCACAGGAGCUAACAUUUCAUCUCACUAUGUUCUUGUUGUGUGAGAGUGUGCAUGUGUGUUUCCAGUUCACCGGAUUGUCUCGGUCAGAGAACAGCAGCCGCAGAACUUCCCGUACAGAAGUAUAGCUCAGUUACGCAUCAGUGUUUUUGUUUUCGAUUCUGUGUUGGGUAGGUGUGCGUGCUCGCUAGUUUAUUAAGUUUCAGAUGUGCAUCCAUCAGAGUGAAGGGUGUGCGUGAAGUCGUACCACUGUCUCUGCAGUGAACAGGAAACAGACGUUCUCAGGGUUCCGUCAGUAGAGGAGGGUGAAGAGGAAGGGGAGGAGUCACAAUCGCUCAGGCCUCAACCACAUACACACGUAAGGGAGGAGUCCAAAGGAGGGCGUCCUUUUUUUUUAUUUUUUACUAUCAGUCACUGGAUGUUGACCCGGCGUCUUGGAGUCUGUCCGCACCAGCUGCCAAAGAUCUUGGUGAUUCUAGCGAGCCUUCAGAAGUGCCCUCCACACUCCAGACGGGGGGGCAGGGCCAAAGGCUGACCAGCCAGAAUGUGUACUACUGCAGUACUUAUACAGUGCUGCUUCCACAUAUUGUACACACACAGAGGGGUUGAAGUGGGCCUGUUUUUGUUCCACAGCUGUGCUGUGGCAAGGUCAGCAAACCGGUAGAUUCUCUUUCUCUCUCUCUCUGUUCAACAAAGCACCUGUUUCACUGUGAAAGAGUGAAUGUAACUUAAACGUGUUGAAACUGGAGGUUGGUUCUAUCAGACCUGCGCGCUGCUACGAGACCUGUAGGAACAUUCCACCGGACGAGUCCAUCACAAACAGAGAAAUGGCCAAAUGUCUGCAUGAAAAUAACUUAUUUUUUUACUCUAUUUUUUUUCUCUUUCUUUCUUUUGAGGGGCAUGGGGAUCAGGUAGAUAACGAGUAGACAGCUGCUCUGUUGUGACGACAGUGUAAUGAAAUUGAAAAGUGGAAUAAUCCAGAGAUGUCUGUAUCGCCCUGGUUGUAACUGUGACCACAGCACAGAGGCUGGUUAGACCUUGGCUCUGGUACCACAGCACAGAACUGUUAGCAUGUUGCUAAGACGACCAGUUGGUUAACACAAUUCAGUUGGAUGUCCCAGUUCCUUUUCUAUUCUUUCUUUUUUUUCUUUUCUUCUUUUGACAAUUGAUUUUCUGGACACUUUGUAUGCAUUUGCAAUCGAAAUAUCUCUCUUGUAGUGAAUUGUAGGAAGCUGCUAGCGGUUAGCCUCAGUCAGAUGUGGGGUCCUUCAUGUCCGAGAGGUGGCUAUCUUGUUGCCUAAAUAGAAAUGGCCUGAGAACAAGCCCGGGUGAAAUCCUAUCGUUAAAUACUAGGCGCCUCAGGAUUUACUUUACCCAUUACAGUAAAAACCAAUGGGGCAGUGCUAAAGUGCAACAUGUGAGUUAAAUCAAAUGCACAUUAGGUACUUUGACCCAGAUCUGGCUGAGACGACUGCUGCUCUGGCAGGCAGAAGCCAGAGAGGUGGCGUGAUGUGCCAGGAUCACCUACAUGGACUGGACUCCAUUCUUCCUUGCGAUGGUAAACAUGAAGCCCUUAAACACUGUAUUAUAAUCUAGAGGGAUGUGUUUCACACUGUGGGAGAAUGAUGUUGGCCAGCUAAUCUGAAUUCACUUUCACAUGUGUAUUUAUAAAUCUCUCUCUCUAUAUAUAUAUAUCAUUAUAUUUUCUGGUUCAAAAGACAAGCUGAACUUGAGUUUUUAGAGGGUAUGUCAUCAGUGACACCAUACAUUUCAAGUGCAAGUUCUAGUUAGCUGGCUUACUAAUGAUACCUGCUUUGUGACACGUGACUUCCAGGUAUCGUCAUUUGGAAGGUGGAGGUUAAAGGUCGAACACUGGCCUACCCUCUCUCUGGCUGACCUGCAUCAUAGCAAAGUCACAAACUAUGCAAGUGUAAAGCAUCUUAGAACUUAGUAUUGGCUCCUUUCUUUCAUUUCAUUUUUCCUGUCACUUGCAAAUGAAAAAUAACAGAACUUACAGCGAUACUUGGCCUUAUUAUUAUUAUUAUUAUUACCUGAUUGUGACAGAUAUUGUUUUAAGAUCUUGAUUCUUCGGAAGCCACCUCGUUGUCAGCGGCGACCGUGGGUACAGACAUUGUCUCCGUGAGACUGGUCGGCAGGCCCCCGUUUUAAGUGGUACGAAUGUUGUGCAUUUGUUUAAAAUCAGGACAGUUUGCAAUAAUGCGAGUCAUUCAAGUGGCCACCUAAGGCACCCACAGCCCAGACACCUGGCUGCCUCCUUUAGAACUACGUGAAAGACAAAAAUGCGAUUUAAAAACUCACAGUGCAUAUUUGUAUAGAUAUCAGAUACAUACUCUUAUGCAACACAAUGUCCGGGGAUACUAUUUAUGAACAUGAUGAAAUAUGAAACAAAUGUUUGUAAGUGUUGGUUGUUUUGCAAAAAUGGUUUUACCAUCUUAAAUGUUUAAUAUUCUAGGCAAGAGUGUUCUGUCGACAAUUAUCUCUAGUGUGAGCACAUAGCAUUGGAUUUUAUAUGUACAUCUGCAAAGGUAGCAGAGCCUUUGGUGCAGGGGUGGGAGGACACCUGAGAAGGUGGGAUUUUAUUGGUUAGAAAGGUGAUCCAAGGUUCCAAGAUUUCGAAGGAAAAACCUUUUACGGGAAGAAAAAAAAAAACCCAACUGGCAAAUAUUAUAAGGUAAACCAGCGGAAUGUUGAUUUGAAUCAAUGUUGAAUGAAUGCUUCUUUUAAUCAGUGAAUAAAAGCAUUAAAAACAAUCC